AUGCAGGGUCCCAGCGUGGCUCUGUGGCUCUUCCUGACUCUGCGCACUGUGCUUGGCGGGAUGGAGGUGCGGUGGUGCACCAUCUCAGACGCAGAGCAGCAGAAAUGCAGUGACAUGAGCAAAGCCUUCCAGCAAGCGGGAAUCCAGCCCUCUGUCUUGUGCAUCCAGGGCACCUCCGCUGACCACUGUGUCCAGCUCAUCACGGCCCAGGAGGCUGAUGCCAUCACUCUGGAUGGAGGAGCCAUUUACCAGGCGGGGAAGGAGCACGGCCUGAAGCCUGUGGUGGGCGAGGUGUACGAUCAAGAGAUUGGUACCUCCUAUUAUGCCGUAGCUGUGGUCAAGAGGGGCUCCCAGGUGACCAUCAACACCCUGAAAGGCAUGAAGUCCUGCCACACGGGCAUCAACCGGACGGUGGGCUGGAACGUGCCUGUGGGCUACCUGGUAGAGAGCGGCCGCCUCUCGGUGAUGGGCUGUGAUGUGCUCAGAGCUGUCAGCGACUAUUUUGGGGGCAGCUGUGUCCCGGGGGCAGGAGAGACCAGUUACUCAGAGUCCCUCUGUCGCCUCUGCCGGGGUGACACCACUGGGGAAGGAGUGUGUGACAAGAGCCCCCUGGAGAGAUACUACGACUACAGCGGGGCCUUCCGGUGCCUGGCGGAAGGGGCCGGGGACGUGGCCUUUGUGAAGCACAGCACAGUGCUGGAGAACACAGAUGGGAAAACCCUGCCCUCCUGGGGCCAGGCAUUGCUGUCAGAGGACUUUGAGCUGCUAUGCCGGGAUGGCACCCGGGCUGAUGUCACCGAAUGGAGGCGAUGCCACCUGGCUCGGGUACCAGCUCACGCCGUGGUGGUCCGGGCCGACACAGAUGGAGGCCUCAUCUUCCGGCUGCUCAAUGAAGGCCAGCGUCUAUUCAGCCAUGAGGGUAGCAGCUUCCACAUGUUCAGCUCUGAGGCCUAUGGCCAGAAGAACCUACUUUUCAAGGACUCCACCUCUGAGCUGGUGCCCAUCGCCACGCAGACCUAUGAGGCAUGGCUGGGCCGUGAAUACCUGCAUGCCAUGAAGGGUCUCCUCUGUGACCCCAACCGGCUGCCCCACUACCUGCGCUGGUGUGUGCUGUCCACGCCCGAGAUCCAGAAAUGUGGAGACAUGGCUGUGGCCUUCAGCCGGCAGAGGCUCAAGCCAGAGAUCCAGUGUGUGUCAGCCGAGUCCCCCCAGCAGUGCAUGGAACAAAUCCAGGCUGGGCAAAUUGACGCAGUGACCCUAAAGGGCGAGGACAUUUACACAGCAGGGAAGACAUAUGGCCUGGUUCCAGCAGCCGGGGAGCACUAUGCCCCGGAGGACAGGAGUAACUCGUACUUCGUGGUGGCCGUGGUGAAGCGGAACAGCUCCUACGCCUUCACCCUGGAUGAGCUGCGGGGCAAGCGCUCCUGCCACCCAGGCUUCGGCAGCCCCACGGGCUGGGACAUCCCUGUGGGUGCCCUCGUGCAAAGGGGCUUCAUCCGGCCUAGGGACUGUGACGUCCUCACAGCGGUAAGUGAGUUCUUCAGUGCCAGCUGUGUACCUGUGAACAACCCCAAAAACUACCCCUCCUCACUAUGUGCACUCUGUGUGGGGGAUGAGCAAGGCCGCAACAAGUGUGUGGGCAACAGCCAGGAGAGGUACUACGGCUACAGUGGCGCCUUCAGGUGCCUGGUUGAGAAUGCAGGGGAUGUUGCCUUCGUCAAGCACACGACGGUCUUUGACAAUACAAAUGGCCACAGUUCUGAGCCCUGGGCUGCUGAGCUCAUGUCGGAGGACUACGAGCUGCUGUGUCCCAAUGGGGCCCGGGCCGAGGUGACCCAGUUUGCAGCCUGCAGCCUGGCCCAGAUACCAUCCCAUGCUGUCAUGGUCCGGCCGGACACCAACAUCUUCGCUGUGUAUGGCCUGCUGGACAAGGCCCAGGACCUCUUUGGAGAUGACCACAAUAAGAAUGGGUUCAAAAUGUUCGACUCCUCCAGCUAUCAUGGCCAAGAUCUGCUUUUCAAGGAUGCCACCAUCCGGGUAGUACCUGUGGGAGAGAAAACGACAUAUCGUGACUGGCUGGGCCCCGACUACGUGGUGGCUCUGGAAGGGAUGCUGUCUCAGCAGUGCUCAGGCACAGCGACCGCGACCUCCAGGGUCUCCCUACUCCUGCUGCUGGUCCCAUUGGCCCUCACGGCCAGCCUCCUCCAGCCCUGCCUCUGA